UGCUGUUCUUUUUUACAGGACAUGAGCCUCAAUUGCUCCUCAUGGCAGGACAACAGCUUGUUUGUAAAACGUUUUGCAUUUGCCAAAUUCUCUGACGUCACUGAACAGUCUUUCCUUCUAUUUACCCUCAUCCUACUCAUGUUCCUGGCAUCACUGACGGGCAAUGCCCUCAUAGCCCUUGCCAUCUGGACUAACCCAGUCCUUCAUACCCCCAUGUACUUCUUCCUGGCCAACCUGUCUCUCCUAGAGAUUGGCUACACUUGCUCUGUCAUACCCAAGAUGCUGCAGAGCCUUGUGAGUGAGGCCCGAGGAAUCUCUCGGGAGGGUUGUGCCACACAGAUGUUUUUCUUUACAUUAUUUGCUAUCAGUGAGUGCUGCCUUUUGGCAGCCAUGGCUUUUGACCGCUAUAUGGCCAUAUGUUCCCCACUCCACUAUGCAACACGAAUGAGUCCUGGGGUGUGUGCCCAUUUGGCAGUGGUUUCUUGGACAGUGGGAUGCAUGGUAGGCUUGGGCCAAACCAAUUAUAUUUUCUCCUUAGACUUCUGUGGCCCCUGUGAGAUAGACCACUUCUUCUGUGAUCUCCCACCUAUCCUGGCACUUGCUUGUGGGGAUACAUCCCAUAAUGAGGCUGCGGUCUUUGUGGUGGCAAUCCUUUGCAUUUCCAGCCCAUUUUUAUUGAUCAUUGCUUCCUAUGGCAGAAUUCUAGCUGCAGUCCUGGUCAUGCCCUCCCCUGAGGGCCGCCGGAAAGCUCUCUCCACCUGUUCUUCCCACUUACUUGUAGUAACGCUCUUCUAUGGCUCAGGAUCUGUUACCUACUUGAGGCCCAAGGCUAGCCACUCACCAGGAAUGGAUAAACUGCUAGCCCUCUUCUAUACCGUGGUGACAUCCAUGCUCAACCCCAUCAUCUAUAGUUUACGAAACAAGGAAGUCAAGGAAGCUCUCCGGAGAACGCUGGGUAAAAGAAAGAUUUUGAACCAUGGAUAG